UUAUAAAUGUAUUACAGUGACAUUUGAUUUGAUAAUUGGCUCUUGAAAAAUCAAUCAAAUAUGAGGAUGAACUAUCUGGUAUCAGCUUUUGCGUCAGCUCUUUUUCUCCAAUUCAUCUGCGGUUAUAAUUGUGAUGAUAUGAACAAAGCCAUAUUCAUCUCAUUGGAUAGUGAAAGAUGGACUGUCAGUAAUAGUUCGAGCUCAGUCAAACUCAAUGCAAUUGUGCCUGGAGGAAUAUAUACAGAUUUGAAAAAUGCAUAUAUUUUGAAGGAAAACUUUUUCUACAAGAACAAUGACAUCGAGUACAGAUGGGUGGGAAGAGAGGAUUGGUCUUACGUCACUUCUUUUCAAGCUUUAUAG